ACAGUACAGAAGCGGUAAAAGUAACUCGUCAUCCUAGGCAAAAUGGGGUGGGCCGGCGAAUCUCGCCCUUAAUGACUAGGUACUCACAACACGCGACCAAUCGUGGGCCUGUGUGCCUUCCCCCACCACUUUUAGCAGGUUGCCCGUGGGUUUAAAAGACGAGCGCGGAGUGCGCACCGCGCUCAGUCGUUCCUUAAUCGUCCAGCAGUCCAGUCGCAGUCCCCUAGGGUCCUCUACGCUCCUCUACUUUGCUAUUUGCGUUGGUUUAGUUCACUCGCGCUGGAUUUCGUCCUUUUCGGGUAUUAUUUCAUUGCGCACAACUGAUACAUGCUCGCCACUUCUGCUGCACCGUGCUCUACUGUAAUAAAUUCAUAUGUUUUAUUGCUUUUAAAGAAUAGCAGGCGCCCUUGACGCUAAAACACGAAAUUUAUUUCGGUUUUUAUAUGUAUUGAUAAGUUUCACGAUUGAUUGAGCAAUAAAAUAAUAUCUGUUGUUACUGUUUUUAUUACACGUGCAUAUCUUUUAUAGUUAUCUAGUCAAUUAAAUUAAUAACAUUAAUUGGCAAACAAAAAUGACUUCAUCCUUGAAGCAGACAUCAUAAAUAGAAAAAUGAUGCAUCGAAUAUAAGCAAUAAACCUAAGUCUGUGGUUGCUGUUGCAUCAACUGUUAGUAAUAUUUAAAAAUGGAGCGUUGGGCAGGAAAAGUUGCGAUUGUUACUGGGGCAAGUGCAGGAAUCGGCGCGACUGUCGCUGAAAAACUUGUCAGAUCCGGUCUUGUCGUAGUUGGACUUGCUCGUCGCGUUGAAAGAAUCCAAACUCUAGCUAAUUCACUUGUUGCUUCGAAUGCGCCUGGAAAACUCUACGGUGUAAAAUGUGACAUGACGCAAGAAUCCGAUAUUCUUAAGGCUUUCCAAUGGACCACUUCCAAUGUAGGAAAAGUACAUAUUCUUAUCAAUAACGCUGGAGCUAAUCUGGGCGGAAAUCUCAUCGAUGGAAUCACGGACAAUUGGCGUACCAUGUUUGAGAUAAACGUGAUUGGAUUGUUGAUUGCAACGAGAGAAGCUAUUAAAAUAAUGCGAGAGAAUAAUAUCGACGGACAUAUCGUGAAUGUGAACAGCGUCGCAGGACACACAUCUAUUUAUAUUCCGUCUUUUAAUGUGUAUCCUGCGACAAAGCAUGCGGUCACAAAUUUAAGUCAUUGUUUGAGGGAUGAGAUUACUGCUCAAGGGUUGAAUGUGAAAGUGACUAGUGUUAGUCCAGGAUUAGUGCAGACCGAAUUUUUCACUGAGGAAAAUCUUCCUCAAGAAUCUGCUGACAUGUUUAAAGGAUGGCCGUAUUUGGAGGCCAAGGAUGUGGCUGAUACUAUUUUGUAUGUUUUGAGCACUCCGCCUGAGGUGCAUAUUGGCGAGUUAACAUUGAGACCAAAACGUUCUCCAGCUUAAGAGCUUUGAAAACAUAGUUUAUUCUUUAUUGUACUAAUCUUGUACUACACUGUAAAAAAGAAACUUUAAUCAA